AUGGGUAAUACGCCUUCAAAAGAUGGAUUACCAUUAUCCAGGUCCAAUACUAAUCAAUCAGUUAAAUCCAAUAAAUCGUCACGAAGCAUAAGAUCUAAAAAAAAUGAUAGUUCCACCAAUUUAAAGAAAGUAUCACGUAAGAACUCAUCAGUAUCCAUGACAUCACAAAAUAACUCACAGAAUCAAUUAAAUAAUAGUGAUAAUGGUUAUACAAAUGAUGAUAAUGAAAUAUCUGAACUAGAUACUAUACCGACAGAUUUACAAAAUUUAUCCAUAUCAAAUAAUUUACCACCUUCAAUGGUUCAAGUGGAACCAAAACAACCUAUCUUGAUAAGAAGGAAUACUGAUAUGUCUAUUGAUUUAUCUAAUUUACAAAGUCCUGAUAAAUCUCCUGUGGUUACACCAUUUGAUGAAAAUGUUACCGGAUUAACAAUCGAAAAUGGUACUAAUAAUAAUAAUAAUGGUAAUAAUGAUUUUGAUGAUGAUAAAUUAUCAAGAACUUCAACUAAUCAUUCUAUUGCUUCAAAUGAUGAUGAUUUAAAAUCAUUAUCAAAAAGUAGAUCAAAUUCAUCAUUUCUGUCAUCAAGAUUACUCAAAUCUAAUAGUAAUAUUUUAACAAGAGCAAGCACAUCAAAUUCUUCCACAACUUUCGAUAUUGAAAAUUUAAUUCAAAGAUUAUUGGAUUCAGGUUAUAGUGGUAAAAGAACUAAAAAUGUUUGUUUGAAGAAUAAUGAAAUCCAAAUGAUUUGUGCUAGAAGUCGAGAAAUUUUCUUAUCUCAACCCUCAUUAUUGGAAUUAAAUCCUCCAGUUAAUGUUGUGGGAGAUGUUCAUGGACAAUAUGGUGAUUUAAUAAGAAUAUUUACAAAAUGUGGAUUCCCUCCAAGUGCAAAUUAUUUAUUCUUGGGAGAUUAUGUCGAUAGAGGUAAACAAAGUUUAGAAACUAUAUUAUUGUUAUUAUGUUAUAAAAUCAAAUACCCAGAAAAUUUCUUCUUAUUAAGAGGUAAUCAUGAAUGUGCCAAUGUUACAAGAGUUUAUGGAUUCUAUGAUGAAUGUAAAAGAAGAUGUAAUAUCAAGACUUGGAAAUUAUUCAUUGAUACAUUUAAUACUUUACCAAUAGCUGCUAUAGUUGCAGGUAAGAUAUUCUGUGUUCAUGGAGGUUUAAGUCCCGUGUUAUCAUCCUUAGAUGAUAUUAGAAAUAUCGCUAGACCAACAGAUGUACCCGAUUUUGGACUUUUAAAUGAUUUACUAUGGAGUGAUCCUGCUGAUAUAAUGAAUGAAUGGGAAGAUAACGAAAGAGGGGUUUCUUAUGUAUUUUCAAAAGUGGCUAUUAAUAAAUUUCUAUCGAAAUUUGGAUUUGAUUUGGUUUGUAGAGCUCAUAUGGUUGUUGAAGAUGGUUACGAAUUUUUUAAUGAUCAAACUUUAGUAACAGUAUUCCUGGCCCCAAAUUAUUGUGGAGAAUUUGAUAAUUGGGGUGCAGUUAUGUGUGUUUCUGAAGAAUUAUUAUGUUCCUUCGAUUUACUUGAUCCUUUAGAUUCAAUAGCAUUAAAACAAGUAAUGAAAAAGGGUAAACAAGAAAGGAAAAUAGCUCAGGUUAGAUCUUAA